AAAAAUCUGGGAAGGCAGGGGGCUAAGCAAGACCAACUAUGGCGACACUGUUAGAGGGGCAAGAAUAUGGUUUAGCUUCAAACGAGUUGUUAGGUUCCAAUAAAACAGUAAUCCAUUUCAAACUCACGGAUUCGUGUUUAAAAACACUAGAGGAAUUAUCAAAGAGGGGUCAAGGGGUAUUGCCAAGUAUUCAGUUUCAAGGGAACCAGGGAGUCAUAAGAAUCCCUAGCCAUGUCGCUUCUGCUGGUCGCCAACCAGAACGGACUUACCAAGUGUCACUAUCUGCUUUGCCAGGGGAUUUAAAUGGGAGCUUUGACUGCAUACAACAGACUUCUCGGCAUGGAACGAGUCACCUGCACAGUCUUGGGAGUAUGCACCACAGAGUGGCUGUUCAUGCUACUGAUGAUGUUUAUGACCGGACCCGUGCUAAGAUGACAAUGGCUGAAGAAGAGAACAAAAAAGUGUGUACCAAAGAGAUAAAACCUAGUGGUCGUCACAUUAGCAAGAGAGUAAAAAAGGUUUUAUCACCAGGAAGCCUUAAGAUUCCUCCUGCUACCAAGCCCAGUAUCAUUUCCAAGCCUGCACCAUCCAGUGUCCUCAGUGCAGCUGGUCGUCAUGGUUCUGGGCUGGCAUCUUCCUCAGCCCUGUCAUUAUCUUCUUCAUCUUCCAAUUCUACAUCAGUCAUGUCUCAGAGGAUGUCGAAUUCGCCCUUGUCAUUAUCCUCUUCCCAAGCUCAGAGUAAAUCCUUGUCUUCAUCCAAGCUCUCGAGUGCCAGCAAUUCUUCCAGAGUCUUAACCUCAUCAACCACAAAGCAGUCCUCGGGUGCUAUUAACAUGCCAUACAGAGAUCGUGUGAUACACUUGUUAGCCCUCAAGUCAUACAAGAAACCUGAACUCAUUCUUAAGCUUCAGAAAGAUGGUAUCCGAGAGAAGGACAAAAAUUCUCUUGGUAGUGUUUUACAACAAGUGGCGACUUUGAACAAAGACAACAGUUACACUUUGGCCCGUGCUGCAUGGGUGGAUGUUCGGCAAGACUGGCCUUUCUUCACUGAUCAGGAUCGGGCUCUUCUGAAAAAAAACCUGCAGGAGAGCCGUACGACUCCCACCUCGCCUGCCGUGUCCCCGGCCAGCAGUAACCCAGAGAGCCCAGGGAGCUCUCAAAAACGUGUUAUUGAAGAGCCAGAGGAAGUCUCGGCCAACAAAAAGAAACGGAUUGCCCACGGUGAAAGACGCCAGAACGAGGAGCGUCCAGUCAGUGUGGUCAAACCAACCCUAAACCAACAAUCAUCACCAACUGCAAACCGGGAAAAUGUUGAAGGAACUGUUGAAGAUUCAAGCUGUGACAAACCUGAAUUCAUUAGCAAGUAUCUGGCCAUUAAAAACACUGAGCAGCGGCAGCAAUACAAACACGAGUUUAACCGUGAGUACUCUGAGUACCACCAGCUCCACCGUGAGGUUGACUCGGUGGCCCGCAAGUUCCUGAACUUGCGCUCACAGAUUGACCAGACUGAGGAAGGAUCUCCUGACUUUGAAGUGUUGAAGAAACAAGUUCUGGAGGAAUAUGAAGCUCAGAAGUCUGAUCCCAAGUUCAUGGCCAAGAAGCAACGCAUGGAGUACCUGCAUCAGAAACUGGGCCACAUUAAGAGGCUCAUCCAUGAUUAUGACCAUCGUGGCCAAGUGCUCACCAAGGCUAGCUAGCAUCAGCUACCUAUCUUGACUUGACGGGCUUUCACGGACUAGACCGACCGCAUUCGUUUCCCACAUGUGGGAGGAUACAUGGAGGAGAAUUUUUCUUGUGUAUAUGUGUAGAAAAAAUAUGCAUUUUAUUUCCCCUGUCUAUGCCUUGAUUUCAUGUGUUAUUUCUGUUGCUUUAUGUUUUUAGUUGGCCGAGAGAGUACUUGUGUAAUCUAACGGGUGUCUUGUAGUCGCCCAGAGUUGAAAGUUGCAUGUGGAAUGUUAAGGACCCGAAAUCUUCAGUCCCAGACCUAUUUAUUUGAAUAAGAUAGAUAUGAGCAAGGCAGCUGUUUUGUUCCCCCAGAUGUGGUUGGAUGUACAAUUUACUACAGCAAGGAAAGCCAUACAAACUUUUUGUUGUCUGUGGGAUGCCAUGUCUGAUUUACAAGUAUACAUAAGGACUGACUCACUUAUUACUGUAUCAGUACAUAGCUUUGAACAAAGUUUAGUCAGGGUGUAUUCAAUGGUCUAACAAAUCUCAAAAUUUUUUGGGGCCUGGUCCAAUUUUUGUAAUGACUAUUUGGAACAAAUUAUGGUGUAAACUUUUUAAAUGUUGAUUUUUGCGAGACAGCUCUAACAAACUGUAAAGGAUGAAACUUUGAGGGAGACAAUGAAUCAUGACAUACCGGAGGGGCUGUUUUUAUUGAUGUGAAAGUUUCUGCAUCCAAUGUAGGAUUUUUUAAAAUGAAAAAGCCCUGUUUCUAUAAUAGUAAGUUAAACAAGUUUGAAUGGUAAAUAUUCAUAGUUAACUCUUUUCUUGGAUGACUUUCAGGAAUUUUUCUUUCUAGCUUUAUGUACUAACCCUGAAACAUUUUAUCUCUUUUUUUGUGUAUGUGUGAACUAUAGAGAAUGCAAGUAAUUUUAGUAUACUUGCAGUUUCUUGGUCUUUCAGCAUUCCUACCUCAGAGGAGAUGACCCCCACCCUUGCAAAGCAAUUUCUUUGGACAACCACACUGUCUUUGAAUUAGAACCUUGAUAAUUGUUAGGAUAAUGUUGGAGCAAAGUGUGGGCUGGGACUGAAUCCUCACAUGAUCUGCCUCUCCCACAACACCACUGUUUCAUUUUUCAUGCUUCCCUUCACAGUAAAAAAUUGCUGCAGGGACUUUUUUUUCUCUCUCUUGGUUAUUUUGAUGUACUGUAGUUGAGUUGACAUAUCAGUUAAGACUUUUUCCUGAUCUUAUUAUUACUUUGAUUGAAUGAAGUGACUUAAAAAAAAAAAAAAAGAA